CUAGGAGGUACAGAGGGAGUUUUUGCUGCUGAAGGAAAAGCAGAGUUACUAUGAAGCAGAAAAUGGGACCGGCUGCCACCUCGCUCGCUCUGCUGUGUUUAUGUUCUCUGGGAGUGUGUGUUCCUAUGGGGACAGGCAGCGCUGCACCAGCACAGGUCAGGACUUCAUAUGCUGCGUAUGAACCAGAGGUGAAGAGGACAAGAGGCGAUGUUCCCGAUAUUCUACCGGAACCUGAAGCAGAGCCAACCAGCCCAGUAUCGGACUUUGAGAACUCAUACAACUAUGUCUUAUCCAGACUGGCCAGUAUGGACCUAGCCAUCCACAAGCUGAAUGUCGGUCACUACACUCUGGAUGUUAAAGUCAGCCAGUUGAUGGAUCGUCUCUCCAGGAUGGAUGCUAAAGUCGGUGAGCUGGAGGACAGCAUCCGGGAGGUCUACCAACACAGCAAGGACAACCGCAAGGAGAUCGGAAGACUCGAAGGUUGCGAGAAGGGACAACGGAUUGGAUACAAGUGUUACCUGGUGUACAACAGCCUGGAAGAUUAUGCCGGAGCAUCCAGGAAGUGCAUAGAACGUGGAGGACGCAUGGCAAUGCCCCGUGAUCGAAAGGAGCAAGAGGCCCUGGCUGACUACGUAAAGAACUUCUUCCACCCUGGAAACUGGCCGGUCUGGCUGGGAGUCAACGACCUCCGCUCCGAGGGCUUGUAUCUCUUUGACGAUGGAACUCGGGUCACGUACUUCCAGUGGCGUAAGCACUUCCUGUCCAGCCAGCCAGAUGGAGGGAGGCGAGAGAACUGCGUGGCGAUGUCGUCAGAUGAUGGCGACUGGUGGGACCACUACUGCGAUCGAACCAUGAACUAUAUGUGCGAAUUUGAUGACAGGGUGGCUCUUUAAAAGGAACCUUUUCCAAACAGCCUCUCUUUAUGACAUUAAACGCCAGCAGAAAACAAAGCCCAUUUCAAUUUUCUAAUAAUUUAUUUUCACUUAAAACUUUGUAGCUUUGUUUAAGUAGAUUCUUGCUGAAUGGAAAUACUUUAUAGUAUUUAAAGUGUUUUACAGCGAUGUCUCAGAAAUCCUUUAUUUCUAUACAAGAUGUGUACUGAUUGAAUAAGGCUUUAUCAGACUUAUGAAUAUUACAUUAUUCAUGCAGCAGCAGUAAUAUGAGUUAAAGCCAGUCUGGACUCUGCUGUGAUUUCAUUCAUGGAAUUCUAAAUAUUUGUCAAGUUUCCAAAAAAAGAGAAAAAUGGAACGCUGGAGUUAUUUUUUUCUUUCAGGAUCAGCACAUACUGAACUUGAAGGGAUGAAUCAGUGUGUACUCUGGCUAAAGUGGAAUUAAGCAGCAUUUCUAUGUUUCAUGCUGAAGAUGUUUUAACAAAGUCUAGUGCUGGGUGUGACUUCUGUUAUUGCAGUCCCACCCCGAACCCUCUUUUACUUCCUUCAAAUGACACAUCACUGUGUGCAAAUGUAUCCUGAACCAGAGUCCGUGCAUAAAGAGAAAAGAGAAAACUAGUGUAGAUAAAAGCCUGGAUGUUUUUUUAAAAUCUUUACUAAAGGUUGAUUAUAGUUUGUUCAACAUGUUCAACAGGUAAAAGGGAGAUUUGCUUCACUCGUAAGGCGUGGUACUUUUCUUUUUUUUUUAAAUAGUACUACUAAAUCAGUGGACUAAAAUGAGUUUUAAUUUUCAUACCAAGACACAACCUUUGCAAUAUCACAACUGUUUAGAAAUAUAGAGGUAAAUUCCUUUUUUAUGCUACAAAAUAAGUUAUAGCUCUUGUUAAAUUUUGCCUAAAUUCUCACAUAUGUGGAGAAACUUUGUAUAUAAAUGUCACAUUUUUAAAAUAUAAAGCAAGGGUACAUACUUAACCAUAAAUUAAUAUGUCAGUAUAUUUUUUCAUCAUAUUUUUAGUGCUCAGCCUUAUCUGGGUAGUGAUUUUAUCAUCAAACUAUUCAUGGAUCAUAGAUAAUAUGUUAUAAAAAUGUUUUUGCAGUAGUGUCAUAUCACUUUCUGAUUUGUGGGUAAUGAUGUAAUUCAAACUGUGUUACCUUUCACUGUCAC